CCACCUCCUCGCCACGUGACCGGCCGCUGCCAAUGGGGUUCCGUGUUGUCGCAACCGGACGCCAUUGCUGCUGUCAGAGAGGCGAACCUACGGUCAGUGUGUGAGGCACAAGAGAGCGGCGGGAGAGCCCGUGGCCGAGUCAGCUGUGAAGCCGGUGGGACAGGAAACUUCCCAAACCCCCAGUGACAUCUGCGCAGGAUUAGUCCAGGGCCUUAAAGCACGGGCUGCGCGUUAUUCAUCACGGAAGAGGACAAGGAUCCCGCGGCCUCCUUCUGUGACCGAGACAAAUCGUACAUCCCUGUAAACGUGCGGUGGGCAUUGAGCAGGAGGCGCAGCUCUCGCCACAGACUUCACCUGCAGAUUCUCAUGUGAAUGACAUGAAAACGUGUCCUGUGCCAUGAGUGGAACCAGUGGGGGCUCCUGUAUGUGGCACCAACAGGACACCGUAGGAUAAACAUUGAUACCCUCGCUGCUCAUUACUAUUGCUAACUACGACGCCUGCUUGGCUCUUGGGCCUGUGCCCAGCACCGCGGCCGCCCGUGCAUACAUUUUUCUAAGUGUCGGCCAGUGACAAGGCUGCAGGAUUGGAUGUUGGUAUCCUGGCACUGGGCGGCCUGGCUGGACUUGCAUUGCAUUCCCUGACAAGCAGGGGGAGGCCGCACUGUUUCCUUCCUCUCUUAUCCCACGGCCUGGAGCGCCCCUCCCCCACGCGGGUGACUCAUUUCUCUGCGCCGCCGGACUAUCAGGAAAGUCAGGGUUUUCCUCGGCUUCUCCUGGGACAUGACCAUAUUCACCGGAGCUUAGUCAUAGACACAUCGCCAAAGUGCGGAUCUCUUGUGGAUCGGACACUAGCUGGUCUCUUUCUCAUCGGAUCCCCUCGUUUGCAAUCUUUAUCAUGCCCAGCUUUGGUAGCCAGGCUCCCGGUGGAUCAUGACUGCGGCGGCUAACUGGGCGGCCAACGGGGCGAGCCUGGAGGACUGUCACUCUAACCUCUUCUCAUUGGCUGAACUGACUGGCAUCAAAUGGCGUCGCUACAGAUACCAGGGGCCUGGCGAAUGUGGCCCAAUCAUCUCUGCUCCUGCCCAAGAUGAUCCCAUCUUGCUAAGCUUCAUCCGCUGCCUACAGGCCAAUCUUUUGUGUGUAUGGAGGCGUGAGGUCAAACCUGAUCGAAAGGAACUCUGGAUCUUCUGGUGGGGGGAUGAACCAAACCUUGGUGAUGUUAUACACCAUGAGUUGCAUAUGGAUGAGGAGGGAUUGUGGGAGAAUGGUCUGUCUUACGAGUGUCGAACUCUGCUCUUCAAGGCCAUCCACAACCUUUUGGAACGGUGCUUGUUGGAUAAAGAUUUUGUGAGAAUUGGGAAGUGGUUUGUGAAGCCGUGUGAAAAGGAGGAAAAAUCUCUAUCCAAGAGUGAAAAUCUAUCCUGCUCCUUUACCUUUUUUCUACAUGGUGAGAGCAACGUUUGCACAAGUGUAGAGAUAGCUCAGCACCAGCCAGUGUAUCUUAUCAACCAGCAGCAUCUCCAUCUAGCACAGACUUCUCAUGCUCCGUGCCAAGUGAUCUUAAGUCCAUAUGGACUGAGUGGCACUCUAACAGGCCAUGGUUACAAGACCUCUGACCCUACCACCCGAAAGUUGCUGGAGGAAUGGCGCCCCUUUUACCCUACUGUGCUGCGUGUGAGGCAAGAUCAGCAAGAAGAAAUGCAAUACAAUGAUGAUUUCCCUGCAGCCGUUGAAGUUAUUGUUGCUGGUGUUCGGCUGGUUUACCCAUCAGCUUUCGUCCUCAUAGCCCAGAGUGACUUGCCCCUGUCUUCCAGUGUGGGGGGUGCCGGACACAGCAACACAAGUGGUCAACAGAGCACAGCUGUUACUAAAGAUCCAAGCCCAUGCCGGAUGCCCCUCACCCCACCAACCUCUCCAGAGCAAAUUGCGCCUGGAGAUGGGAAGGAAAAUUACUCAAGUAUCAACGGCCAUUCAACAGAGGAUAGUGUCUCCAACACAAAACAAAGUUCAAAGUGUGGGGAAAGGAGCUGCCACAGACUUAGAAGUCAAAUGGCACAGAAAGUUUGGAAAGAAUGCAUAGUAGACAAAUGCCAGCCAAAGUUAACGGUUUCCAGCCAGCAAGAAGGGGAGAAUUCAGUCAGCAAAGCACCGUGGGAUUUUGUUGAUCCCAGUCAUAGAGCUACAUGCAACUGUUCCAGACAUAAAUAUUCAAAGCAGCGUGGUGCACCAAGUGGCUGUCGGCCCUCCUCUGUUACUCAACCCAGCAUGGGAGGAAUCCCUACUUCUUGUAGCGCCUCCCUUCCACCCCCUGCCUCUUCUAAGCACAAACCCAGUGAUCGUCCGGAGAAGGCUGAGAAGUUGCAGAAAAAGACCACUACUCCUUUCCACCAUCGUGCAUUGCCCACACAGAAUGAAGAGUGUCUAUCACAGGAAACCGCUGUACAGCAAAGGCAAGGUACAGAGGCUGCAACAAGUACACCACCAAAUAGACAUUUUCAAUCUUUGCCCUCUGCAGGAGAGUUAGAUCAAAUGUUACCUUCUCAACCCACAGACUCUCCACACUCUCCGGCAUCUCCAAUGCCCCCCACACUUAGUCCUCAGCCUCCCCAGCAAGAGGUUGCCAUCCCAGAUCCAGAAGUUCAGCCUUGCAGCUCCACUUUGUAUCCUAAUGGACUGGAAAUGCAGCCUCUUGAUGAUAGGACGAUGAUGGUGGCUGGACUUGGUUUGCCAUUGAUGGCAGAGCUAAGUGAGACCAGCAUAUAUUGUGCUAGUCUGUCCCAGAGCCAGCAAUCUGAGAACAGCUGGCAGGAGUACAAACUACCAUCUACAAGCAAUGAAGACUUUCAACCACCAAACAUCCCCGUGGAACGGCAUGAGAGCAUACAGGAAACUUUAGCUGAGCGCACUGCAUUAGAGAGACUUUUAGCUCAGCCAAACAAACGUUUCAAAGUUUUGGAUGGAAAGCGCCCAAUUCUAUCAGAUACCUGGACCUACCUGGACCAGCCUCCCAUAUAUCUUGAACAGCAUGGUGAUACUCUUGAUCCCUACACUUUUGAAGAUGGUGAGAUCAAAUACAGCUUCACAGCCAACAAAAAAUGCAAGAUGGGUGACCUGUCCUGGAAAUUAAAGUCUGAUGAAGGAUUUGAGAAGAAUGCAUCACCAACAGAACAACAAGCUUCUGUGACGGACCCUGGGAAAAACGUCAUGUCCAUUUUCAGUCCUGCAUCUAAACCUGACCCACGACAAGACCGUGGAAUUGCUGCGAGUCUCACACAGGUUAAAGAUCUGGCUCCUUCUCUUAAUGACUUGGACAACUUGUUUGAUAAUUCUGAGGAUGAGGACCUGGCUGGCUCUCCAGGAACUCGAGCAAUGAAAGUUCCCUCAUUAGGGUCUGAAGAUCGAGCUCUUGGUAAAGAUGCAAGGAUGACUGUUGCAUACUCAGCCACAGAUCUCCAGAGAAUGUUUCCCACACCACCUUCCCUGGAACAACACCCUGCCUUCUCCCCCAUUAUGAUAUACAAGGAUGGAGUAGGCUCUGAGACCACAGCUACUCUAGCCAUAAUGGAGAGCCCUUUGGUCAACUUGGCCACAAUGCAUCAACUCGACUUCAAAAUGGAGGUGGAGGAGGGUCUGUGCAGCCCCAAACCAGAGAAGAUCAGGGAUUUUUCGUAUGUGCACAGAGUACCAUCCUGUCAGUCCUUUGUGGGCACUUCAAUGUUUGCGCCUCUAAAGUCUUUGCCAAGCCAGUGCCUGCUGUCCUUAAAAAUACCAGAUGCCUGUGUAUACCGUCCAUCUUGGGCAGCCCCCCCAAAGAUGCAACACCUUCCCCUGCCCCCAGCUACAUCUUUCAACAGAGAUGGCUACAUGAAUGUGCCAAGUGUGGGCAGUUUGACAGAUCCAGACUAUCUACAGCUGAACACUCCACAGACCAACACACCUCUUGCUCCAUGCAGUACAGCUCCAGCCAGCAAUGGUGGAACUGGGGGUGUUCUUCCCUCUCCUGCCACACCUCGUUUUUCAGUUCCCACUCCUCGUACUCCAAGAACUCCUAGAACACCACGGGGUGGGGGAGGAGCCAGUGGCCAAGGCUCUGCCAAAUAUGACAGCACCGAUCUCUGCUCACCUGCUUCCACCCCAUCCACUACAAGGCCUCUGAGCUCUGUUGAACCUGCAAGCAGUCACCCAGCUCCUGAGGCCCACAGCCUCUAUGUUACCUUGUUACUGUCAGACUCUGUACUUAACAUCUUCAAAGACAGGAAUUUUGAUAGCUGUUGUAUUUGUGCCUGCAACCUCAACAUUAAAGGGGCAGAUGUGGGUAUAUACAUUCCUGACUCGUCAAAUGAAGAUCAGUAUCGAUGCACUUGUGGAUUCAGUGCAAUAGUCAACCGCCGUCUUGGCUACAACUCAGGCCUUUUUAUAGAGGAUGAAAUGGACAUCUUUGGCCGUUCCUCAGAUCUUGGCCAGGCAGUGGAAAGAAGAUUAAAUAUUAGAGUGACAGAAAGGCUUGGCCAGGAGCAACCUCCAUCAGGCCUUUUGCUACUGUUGCAGAGACAGUGUACACGUCCAUUUAAUAACUGUUGUAGCACUUGGGAGCUGUCAUACUGCCAAGGGGUUACACUCUCAGAUAGGCCAAGUUGGAACUACGACAGAGUAAGGGCAGAGAGUUCUGAUGCAUGGCCAGAGUGCUUGAAUGCUUUGGAACAAGGAAGACAGUAUGUGGACAAUCCUACAGGGGGUAGAGUUGAUGAGGCACUUGUAAAGAGUGCUACUUUUCACCUUUGGCCGCACAGCAAUGUGCUGGAUGUGAGCAUGUUGCCGUCACAGGAUGUUGUUCGCAUGCUGCUCUCCUUGCAGCCAUUCUUGCAGGAUGCCAUUCAGAAAAAAAGGACAGGACGAACUUGGGAAAACAUCCAGCAUGUGCAGGGUCCCCUGACAUGGCAGCAAUUUCACAAGAUGGCAGGACGAGGAUCAUAUGGUUCGGAAGAGUCUCCAGAGCCAUUGCCUGUUCCAAACCUUCUUGUUGGUUAUGAUAAAGAUUUCUUGACGAUUGCUCCUUUCUCACUUCCAUUUUGGGAAAGGCUGCUGCUUGAGCCUUAUGGGGGGCAGAGGGAUGUGGGUUAUUUGGUGCUGUGUCCAGAAAACUGUGCCCUGCUUGAUGGAGCAAAGGCAUUUUUUAGGGAUCUGAGUGCAGUUUAUGAGAUGUGCCGCCUUGGUGAGCAUAGGCCAAUCUGUAAAGUGCUUAGUGAUGGGAUCAUUAAAAUCAGCCGGCCUGCAGGUGAGACUGAAGAAACGUCUUGUGAGGAUAUGGAUAACCAAGCAAGGCUCCAGCUAUUUGCACAGACCUGUCGCCAGCAUCUUGCUCCUUAUUUAUCCACAUUGCAACUAGACAACAGCCUGUUAUUACCUCCCAAGAAGCAGCCUUCUACGGUACAAACCAAUUUAAGCCCUGCUGUGCCGUCUUGUCCUCCUGGUGCUCUUAUCAACACCACUCCUAAUGGCACAAGUACUGCUCCAUUACCACCUCCACAAUUAUCCUCCACCACAUCUCUUCCUGCUGGAAACAGCACAGUACCCACUGGGUUCAACAACUGCUCCUCACAGAAUUCUUCAAGUUCUGUUGAGCGACCAUUAGGAAACCAGUCCACAGGAGACCCAGAACCCAGCCAGCAGUCCAUUCAACAAGAGACACCAGAAAAUGCCACUGAGCGGGAAAGAAUUGGCAUUCCCACAGAACCAGAUGGAGCAAUCACUUCAUGUCCAACAGUGGUUAUAUAUAUGGUGGAUCCAUUUACAUACACAGUGGAUGAAGACUGUCACCCUGGGAACUACUGGAUGCUAGGCUUGAUUAGAUGUUUUACUGACAUGCUGGAGAGUUUACCAGAGCCAAUUCGAAAUGCUUGCAUACUGCAGGUGGUUCCCUGCCAAUCUCUUCUGCAGACUGUAAAUGACGAAGAUGUCUCCUACAUUCAGCACUUGAAAUCUUUAGCUUUUUCUGUAUACUGCCAGUGCCAGCGACCCAUAGCCACACAGAUACCAAUCAAGCCUCUCACUGGCUUUGGUCCAGCAGCCGCUCUAAAUGCAAUACUCAGGAAUCAAGAGCAACCUAGCCCUGGACAGAUGUAUUCUCCUCCAUUUUUGCUCUGCCCCACCAAGGACAAGCAGACAGAGCUGGGCGAGACAUUUGGUGAGGCUGGCCAGAAAUACAAUGUGAUGUUUGUAGGGUACUGCUUAUCUCAUGAUCAACGCUGGCUUCUGGCUUCCUGCACUGACUUGCAAGGAGAGCUUCUGGAAACAUGUGUGGUUAAUAUCCAUGUGCCCAACAGGUUUCGGAGGAGCAAAGUUUCUGCAAGAAAGAUUGGGCUGCAGAAGCUAUGGGAGUGGUGCGUGGAAAUUAUACAGACAACAUCAGUACCCUGGAGAGUGGUGAUUGGUCGUCUCGGGCGACUAGGCCACGGCGAGCUAAAAGAUUGGAGUAUCCUGCUUGGAGAGUGCUCUCUACAGACCAUCAGUCGUCAGUUAAAAGAAACAUGCAAAAUGUGUGGAAUCUCAGCAGCUGAUUCUCCAUCUAUACUUAGUGCCUGUCUUGUGGCAAUGGAACCCCAGGGAUCUUUUAUUGUCAUGCCAGAUGCUGUCACUAUGGGUUCAGUGUUUGGCCGCAACACAGCUUUGAAUCUACAGACAUCUCAGCUCAGCACUCCACAGGAUGCCUCAUGCACCCACAUCUUAGUGUUCCCCACUUCAGCCACUACCCAGGUUUCUCCAGCUAACUAUCACAAUGAGGAAGAUAUGUUAGACCUACCCUUUCUGGAUGAUAUGGACAAUGACAUAGGAAUAUUAAUCACAGGAAAUCUGCAUUCACCUCCAAACUCAUCACCAGGCUCUCCCAUUGGAGCAGGACCCCAUUUUCAGCACAGCCGUAGUCAGGUAGAGAGGCUUCUUUCCCGAGAGACACCAGAAGAACUGAAGCAGCAGCCACUUGCAUUAGGGUACUAUGUGUCCACAGCCAAAGCAGAGAACCUACCUGAGUGGUUUUGGUCUUCAUGCCCACAUGCACAAAAUCAGUGUCCUCUUUUUCUAAAGGCCUCCUUGCACCACCACAUAUCUGUUUCUCACAAUGAAGAUCUUGUUCCUGCACGUACUUCUCAGCGUGUUCCUCACCCCCUGGAUUCUAAGACCACAUCUGACGUAUUAAGGUUUGUCUUGGAACAGUACAAUGCUCUCUCAUGGUUGACUUGUAACCCAGCCACUCAGGAUCGGACCUCCUGCCUACCAAUUCACUUCACGGUGCUCAUACAGAUGUACAACAUGGUGAUGGACUUUCUUUGAAUGCUUUCAACCAGCCUUGAUCAGCAACAUCUAAAAGCCUCCUGCCAUCAGUCAGUGCCUGACUUGUGCUCAUCAAGUUCAGCUGUUCUUGCUUACAUAACACCUGGCAACACCAGUAUUGGGCACUGCAGAAACCAUGCACAGUGUAUCCUAAUACAUUAUGUUCUGUGCAAUACACUAAACAAUGACUUGACAGUGAACAGCGGUGUGGCAAGAACACGAUGUUGCAACACCAAGUGUGUGACGGAAGCUAUCGCAGUCCACAUAUAAAGUCCAACCUCAAGCGACAGUUUGUAAAAGAAGCUUGAAAUAAACUUUAAGUAAUGCAAAGCUGAGGAUGUCCAGCAGUAUUCUCCCUAGGUGUGCUCUAAUGCUGCAGGAGUGGGUCAAUGGAUGACUGGGAAAAACAAUUUAACACACAGUGGGGCUGAUUUACUAACAUAGGUGAUAAAUAGCAUCACUGCUGUUGUCAGGAGUAGCCAAUCGCCAAUUAGUUUAAAAAAGACUACGAGAUUAAAAAAAAAUUAAAUCAAAGAUCUGAUUGGUAUCUAUGAGUAACUGCACGGUUUUGUACCUUUGUGAGUAAAUCAGCCCUUAUACGGAAUCUAUAGCGACAACAUAUCGGUAUAAUGACAGUGAAUUGACCCUACACCUUAGGGAGUUAUUUCAUCCUCUCCUUUGUGAAUUCUUUUCUGCCACAGUUGGUCCUGUUUCAAAGAGUUAGUAGCAGUUGCACUUAGAAUAACCAAUGGAAAGUAUUUAAGCAUAGAAACCAUUCCAGAUCAUUUAUAUUUUUCUUUGAUGGUACAAUGUAAUUGCUCUGUGGGGCUAAACUGGGCGCCAUCUGCUGCCAUUAUACAGAUUUUGGCACUGAAUACCAGUCUGUACAUUCACAGGUUGAGCCUGACACUGUAGCAAUAUAAAGGCAGCUAUAUCCCCCAGGCAAAAUGCUUUGCCGUGACUAUGAGAGGAAGUACCAAGCCAUUUCAGAAUCUCUAGAAAUGCCACCGUCGUGAUGCACUUGCAGUCAUUAGCUGGUAAUCUAGCCAGCAUGCAGUAUUGAUAGCCCACACACAUCAGCUGGGCCAGUAUGGCAAAUAAAACUAUCUAGUAUUUUCCCUUACUUGCCACUACUUUAAACAUGAGCAGAUAUUUAUUCAUACAAAUAUUUGUUUCCCCCCAUGUUGCUCUGAUCUGUCUGAUUCUGCAUUAUUUGUUUACCCCUUAGUGGCAGAUAUGAGAGAAGCAGAAUCCUCUACGUAUUUAUACUUUUCUUGGAUCUGGCGCAUCGUUUCAUGUCAGAUAAAUACAGUGUACUUUAAUCGCCCUCAUUACUGCGGGGGUCUCAAAAAAACCUCUGAUAUGUGGAGAUAAGGUAUUUGUACAUAAUAUCACUUUUUUUUAAAGCAAAUGUAAAACUUGUACAUUUCUCAAUGAACCUAAAGAUUUUUCCUUUCCUUUUUUUACAAAGUAUUUACUGGCUGCCCCCCCCCUCGUUUUAUAUAUAAUAUAAAUAUAUAUAUAUACACACAUUUACAGAUAUCUAUAAAUAGGCAUACAAUUUGAAAGAUGGGGGAAAUUAUACCCAUCAGAAAUAUGAACACAAUGAAACUAAAACAAAAUGGGAAAAAAAAAGCUUUUGGAAUUUCAGAAAAAAAUGUAAUCCUGCCUCCGGUACCUCACAAAAAAUAAGGUUUGAUAAAAAAAAAAGAAAACGAAAAAACAAGAAGUUAAGAGUUAAAGAAAUUAGUUCUUCAAUAUAAUUGUGCUUCAUAUAUACCUUGUGAACAAAAAAGGUCUAUACUUUUACACACUUUUUUAGAUGAAUAAAUUAUUGAUUUAUUGA